AUGUGGAACAAUGAGCGCCAACGCCAGAACUAUGCUUUCAAAUAUGGCAAGGACGCAAGGCGCAGGAAGAGGCAUGAUUGUGACAGGAACGAAGCAGACCGCAGUGUACCUACAGACCUUUCAAUCAGUCAAGCCGAAGCAGACCGCAUUAUACCUGCAGGCCCUUCAAUCAGUGAAAUUGUCGAGGACUCCCAGAAGUUCGAUCGGUAUUUGAGCAGUGAUAUUCACCAGGAAUACAUCAAGAUCAUGUCAAGCUGCCCACCGGAUAUGGAGGUGUGCACGUUUUGCUACUUCGAGAAAGGCGUUGACACUCGAAGGUCUCAGUCAAAUAGAAUUUCACACGUAAGCGACUGGCAUGCCAGCUUGGCUGGCGUGAAGUGCACGAAUUGCCCAGCGAGGUUUCCUACAGAGCACGUCCGGGACCUGCAUCGCAUGUAUUGCAAUGCCUAGUUAAGGUUUUGCCUAAGCUCCUAGGUACUUUCUGUUGGGAAGAUCCGCAGUAGCUGUAGACUGAAACCAGAGGACACUGGACGAGUUGCAAUGAAUGUGAUCUGCACUUUGUGUAAUCCUCCUGAGGAUAUUUGGUAGCAGGCGUCUGCAAGUAGCCUUAUUGGGAUUGAAGAACUACAGAGUGUGCUGAUAAAAAGAUAUGGGAUACAGUGCAAUGCUCUUGUAGGAUGAUCUGUGAGAUAAAUUUCAACCACAGACUGUGAGCCCAGUGCGCUCAGGUUGUUGAGAAAAUGAUUUUAUUGGUGGAUGAUGUGUUGGAGCUACUGUAGAACUUACUGUUGGUUUGUCCAAUACGAUUGUGCUGCUCGAAAAUUAUUCAAAAGGGGAAGCUGGUGACAAGUGACGUCUUCAUCAUGACAUGGAAGCAUGACGUGUGUAGCUUCACUUAUUUGUUCUAAGUUCUACAGGCAGUCUGGCACAGGAUGUGUGGCAUUCAGAUCGGUGGUGGGCAAUUCUCUUCUGCUUAAUUAAUAGAUGAGGCAAUCUUUGCCUCCGUUUCGAAAAAAAAAGAUCGGUGGUAUCAUGGUCUCAAUUUUCUGUAGGUUUGACUGCUUCUGGGAAAAGUGUUGAGCACGGAUAAUUCUGUUAAAGUUUAGCUUGGGAACCCAAACUCGGAUUAAAGGCUUUCAUAUUUAUCUGAACAUAUUCACCAUCUUGUAGUUUUGAGUUUUGACAAUAGGACUGAAGUCUUUACAUUGCAAAAAAGCUAAUGAAAGAUUGUUAGACACGUUGCAAGCACAACUGGUUUAUGAUGACAAAUCGAGGGUAAGAGGUUCUUUUAGAUCAAUAGGACAUCACACCACCAUCUCAUUUUCAGUGAAGUUUAAGAGGUUUUUGAAACUACAGAAUGAGGAUGGACAAAAAUAUCUGUUUCGAGGACAAAAAUAUCCUUAUAACCAAACUGUAUUUCAUUGUGAAGGCAAGUUUGGAGAUUCCCAGUUUCUAGCAUGGGUUGAUGGAUACUAAACAGCCGAUGCCAUUUUGACCUAAAAAAGUUGGCAAUGGAAAAAAUAACUCUCCUUUGGGAAGAUUCAUGGUGGCUAAAGCCAGAGUUGUGGUAUGUGAGAUUUUGUUGAGGCAGGGAAUAAGAAGUCUCCGUUUGCAAAGGUAAAUGAGUAUUUUCUGUGGGGAAGAUUAGCAGUACCUGAAGAUUUAUUUGUGGGACUGUCAGACUGUAUUAGACAGUUACUAUGGAGUGAAACCAGAAGGACGUUGGAAGAGUUGCAAAGAAAAUACACUACAUAUUUCUUUGUAUAAUCCUCCUGAUUCAGUCCUGUGGAUAUUUGGUAGCAUGGGUUCCGUUUGAAAUUCUUGUUUUCCCAGUCUGAAAUUUUAGGGGCCUACGAGUAUAGUGUUAUUGAGAUUGAAGAACACCAAUGUGCGCUAUAAAAAAAUGAGACAGCUAUUGCAUGUUUUUGUCGAAUGAUUCAUCGACACAUUGCAUGAGAGCAAUGUCAACCACAGAUUGUGAGCCCAGUGCGUUCGGGUUAUUGGGAAAAUGGUUUGUCGGUCAUCGUUACGUUGUCCAAUUCAGUUAUGCAAAUUCACCAUUCUGUAGCAUGGCCGCAGAUGCCAUUCCCAGAGUUGAUUUCCCAUGUUUUAACAGAGAUAAUCAGAAAUU